UACAACAUAUAGAUUCGGUAAGACCUUGCAGUGUAAGUGAGAUCCCACUGAUGCUGCGUGUCCGGUUAAUCAGCCACGUGUACCCUCUCUCCCUCCUCUUCGCUCUCACCGCAUAUCAACUGAAUCCUCCGCUUUUUCUCUUCUCACAAUGAAGACUGUCUCACGGAAUGGUUUAGUUGCAGCAGAAUUUGCCAAUUGCUGAGCUCAGUUAGAUCCUGUUCAUUAUCUGGAUUGAAUUCUGCCGAUUUCUUUCGCUCUCACAGGACCUAAAUAGCUGAAAUUUAAUGAAUUUCCUCUCACAAAUGAUUGUGGACAAUGUGUAUCUACCGCUGAUUGGAUUUUCCCGGAAAAUCAAAGAGAAAAUGAUAUCUACCUCUCUCACUGCUACCAUUUUUCUCUGCCGCAAUACAGUCCUGUGUCAAGUUGAUUUGUAGAUGGUGUAUUCAAAUUUGUUAUGUAGUUUCAAUAGUUUGAAUUGCUGGAAGCUAAUCUGAGUUUGUUUACUGUUGAAUUAGGGUUUGCUAUUGCUUUUGAAGUUUUCGUUUUGGACAUAAUUAACAAAUGGACAAGUUGAAACUAUCUCAAUGGGGGGAACGGCUGAAGACAGGUGGGGCUCAAAUGAGUCGACUUGUAAGCGAUAAGGUAAAGGAAAUGCUGCAAACUCCUACACCUGAAUCUAAGAUGGUUGACGAGGCCACAAUGGAAACGAUGAAUGAGCCGAACUGGGGUAUGAAUUUGAGGAUAUGUGCAAUGAUCAAUUGUGAACAGUUUAGUGGGACUGAGAUUGUUCGGGCCAUAAAAAAGAAGAUUUCAGGUAAGAAUUGGGUGAGCCAGAAGCUGAGUCUUGACUUGCUGGAGGCUUGUACUCUGAAUUGUGAGAAGGUGUUCUUCGAGGUGGCAUCAGAGAAGGUAUUGGAUGAGAUGGUUAAGAUGAUUGAGAAUAUACAAACAGAUCAAGGAAACAGGGAUAGGGCUUUGCAGUUGAUUAGAGCUUGGGGACAGUCUGAAGAUCUUGAAUAUCUGCCGGUCUUUCACCAAACAUAUGUAAGUUUGCAGGGAAGAAGUGUGCUUCGGUCAGUAGAAUAUGGGAAUUCAUCCCCCACGUCUUAUUCCCUGGAAUCAUAUGUCCAUCAGCAGCCGCUAUCUCCUCCUGAAAGAUAUCCUAUUCCUGGCACCGGAUUUGAUGAUGAAAACCAUACUACUUUUGGAUAUAAUGGCAGGACCCUAUCAGUUGAAGAAAAGAAUGAAUUUUUCGUAACAACUCGGAACAGCCUUGACCUUCUCUCUAGCAUUUUGAAUGCUGAAACUGAACCAAAACCCAUUAGGCAGGAGGAUCUGACAGUGAGCUUAUCGGAGAAGUGCAAGCAAUCACAGGUUGUCAUACAGAGGAUCAUAGAAAGCACCACUGACGAUGAGGCUAUGCUAUUUGAGGCACUUAAUCUCAACGAUGAGCUUCAACUGGUCAUCUCCCAAUAUGAGUUGCUGGAAGCUGGUCUAAACACUGGAGAGCAGGUGCCCGGGGUUUCUGAUAACACUAAGGAUGAUUUGCCUGCUCAGGUUGGACAUAAUAAUAAUGAAACCAAUAUAACAGAUUCCGCAAAGGGAGAGAAUGCUAAUGAAUCUAGCAGCAAUAAGACAAAUGCGGAAUGAAAAGCCAGGAUUUGGAAGGUUUUAUGCAGGUGUUCUUAUACCUCUUUUUAGUCCCUGUCUCCUUUCAUAUUGAUUGUUUUCCCCUUAUUACUGAUAUCUUAAUAGCUAAUAACAGAGCUGUUGUAAUUAGUCAUGAGCCUUUCUGACUAUGGUUACUGUGCUUGUCUCCUUUUAGCCUAUUAGCAAAUGAGCCUCCUCUUUGCCUUCAGAGGACUUCGAGUCUGUUAUAGUAUGUAGUUGCAGUUGUUCUUGUUGGUUUUUGCAUGGCACCCAGCUAUUACACGGCUAUGCAAUUUUUUCUACCCUUACCAAAUGGCAGAGAUUAACAAAAAUAAAUCUUAUUCUCUUAUUUUUAGAA